GCGACGCAGCCCGGCGGGUGGCGGCUUCUGCCGCUGUUUUCUUUCUUUCUUUCCUGACGCGUGAGCCAGUCGGUCAUGCGCUGGUUACUCUCAACAACUAAGCUGGUUCCCGGUGUAGCAAGCGCCCGCAGCCUCUCAGGAUGCAUGUCAUGUUCACAGCGAAGGUACUCCCUCCAGCCCAUCCCAGAGAGGAGGAUUCCAAACCGAUACUUAGGCCAGCCCAGUCCCUUUACACACCCACACCUGCUCAGACCAGGGGAGGUGACGCCAGGACUAUCCCAGGUGGAAUAUGCACUUCGCAGACACAAACUAAUGUCUCUGAUCCACAAGGAAGCACAAGGUCAGAGUGGGACAGACCAGACAGUGGUUCUGCUGUCCAACCCUACAUAUUACAUGAGCAAUGAUAUCCCCUAUACUUUCCACCAAGACAACAAUUUUCUGUACCUCUGUGGAUUCCAAGAGCCUGAUAGCAUUCUGGUCCUUCAAAGCCUCCCUGGCAAGCAGUUACCAGCACACAAGGCUAUGCUUUUUGUGCCUCGAAGAGACCCCAGUCGAGAACUUUGGGAUGGCCCACGAUCUGGCACUGAUGGAGCAAUAGCUCUAACUGGAGUGGACGAAGCCUAUACGCUGGAAGAAUUUCAACAUCUGGUACCGAAACUGAAAGCUGAGACAAAUAUGGUUUGGUAUGACUGGAUGAGGCCCUCUCACGCACAGCUUCACUCUGACUACAUGCAGAAUCUGACUGAGGUCAAAGCCAGGAGCAAGAACAAGGUUCGGGCUAUCCACCAGCUGGUACAGCGCCUCCGGCUGAUUAAAUCUCCUGCGGAAAUUGAGCGCAUGCAGAUUGCUGGGAAGUUGACGUCACAGGCUUUCAUAGAGACCAUGUUUGCCAGUAAAGCCCCUGUGGAGGAAGGCUUUCUUUAUGCUAAGUUUGAAUUUGAAUGCCGGGCUCGUGGUGCAGACAUCUUAGCCUACCCACCUGUGGUUGCUGGAGGUAAUCGGUCGAACACUUUGCACUAUGUGAAGAACAAUCAACUCAUCAAGGAUGGGGAAAUGGUGCUGCUAGAUGGAGGUUGUGAGUCUUCUUGCUAUGUGAGUGACAUCACCCGUACCUGGCCUGUCAAUGGCAGUUGCUGUAUGUGGGACAUGGCCUCAGCGUGGCCGGAGAAGCGGUGCGUCGGUGCACGCCUGGGAUCCGAACCCGGGCCGCCAGCAGCGGAGCAUGCGCACUUAACCGCUAAGCCACGGGGCCAGCCCUACCUAAGUCUGUCCUUGAAAGAAGAACUGUAUGGGUUCACAGCCCCUCAGGCAGAACUCUAUGAAGCUGUUCUAGAGAUCCAGAGAGAUUGUCUGACCCUCUGCUCCCCUGGAACAAGCUUGGAGAACAUCUACAGCAUGAUGCUGACACUGAUAGGACAGAAGCUUAAAGAGUUGGGGAUCAUGAAGAACAUUAAGGAAAAUAAUGCCUUCAAGGCUGCUCGAAAAUACUGCCCUCAUCAUGUUGGCCAUUACCUUGGGAUGGAUGUCCACGACACUCCAGACAUGCCCCGUUCCCUCCCUCUACAGCCUGGUAUGGUAAUCACAGUGGAGCCAGGCAUUUAUAUUCCAGAGGAUGACAGAGAUGCCCCAGAGAAGUUUCGUGGUCUCGGUGUACGAAUUGAGGAUGAUGUAGUGGUGACUCAGGACUCACCUCUCGUCCUUUCUGCAGAUUGUCCUAAAGAGAUGAAUGACAUUGAACAGAUAUGCAGCAGGGCCUCUUGACCCUCACUGCAGCCCACAUGCAUCUCGGGUUCAAGAGGGUUGUAUGUUGGCAUCUGUGCACAUGUGCUUUCUGAGUGUCUCUGUGUGUGCAUUUAUACUCAUGUUCCACUCACGAGUGUGACAGCUGUAUGAAUGUGUGUAAUUGUGUAUGUGGUCUUUGUUUUAAGUAGCUAGACAUCUGAAAAAUUGAAUAUUUGAACUGUAUAUUACUGCAACUUUAGUAACAUUAAUUCUGUAGAAUUAAUGACCCAAGAAAGUUUAAUUUUUAAAAGUAAAAAAAGUUCUUGGUUA